UUUGCAUCGCCAAACCACUAUGUAAAAGUGUCAUGCAACAUUCAUCAUUCAUUUUACUUGAAUUAAUUUCACUGUCAGUAUUCAUCAUAAACGAAAGAAAUGUUUCUCGACACACACGUCUCACACCCACACAAACCAGGGGGCUGGGUGCUCAUGCAAAACGGUGCGGCCAGAUGUGGGAACACGUGGUUUCUUUCUCCAAACAGCCUCGCAGGCUUUUCCAGCACUUCCUCUCUUGCCGCAGCGCUCUCACUCCCCUUUUUUCUUUCUUCCCACACACACCUUGACUAAAACAACUUUUGAACUCCUUUUUCUUGUGUUUGGGGAAAAAAAGCAGCCUUUUCCUUGCACUCAUCCUGCAAUUUUGCAGCAUCAAGUUGAUCGUGACGAAUGGAACCGCGCAUGUGAUGGAGUAACUCCUGUGCAAAAAAGAACAAAAAUCAAAAAAGUGAAUUUUCGGGGAACCAGAGCAAUGCAUUGAGUGGAUGGGAGAUACGACAAAGAAGUACAAUGAAAGACGACUUUGGGGAAGAGGAGGAGGUGCAGUCGUUUGGCUACAAGAGGUUCGGAAUCCAGGAAGGCUCCGAAUGCACCAAGUGUAAAAAUGACUGGGCUGUGCGCGCCGCCAUCGCCUUGCUCUACGUGCUCUGCGCCCUGCUCACCAUUGCCGUGGCCGUCCUCGGUUACAAAGUGGUCCAGAGAAUGGACAGCGUCGCGGAGGGAAUGCAGAAUUACGGCGGGAAAAUCAACGCCGUGGAGACAGACUUGAAGAAACUCGACUAUCCGACGGGUGAGAAGACGGUCAACGCCACCGGUGACGUCAAGGCAUUUAAAUCGGAUCUGGAGGCGCUGCAGAGCCGGCUGAACGACGUUGCCGUUCGCUCGAGCCGGAACAGGGACGCGCUGAGCGCGCUUGAGCUGACCGGCGACGACACGCAGGACGGCCACGUGUCCCUGCGGGCUUUACUGAAGGGCAACGCCGCCUCGCUGCGCGGCGUCAACCGGACAUUGACGUCCUACGGCGGCAUGAUCGGCGACCUCCGGACGGACACGGCCAGACUCCAGUCCGAGAUCCAAGGUCAGGUCGAGGAGCAGGGCCGGGCCCUGGUCGGCAUCGGCGCGCUGAAUAUCACCCAAGCCCAGCAGCGCAACGCGCUGAGCGCGCUGCAGAAGACCAUCGAGGACGCGGGGCAGGCGGUGCAAAAACUCAAGAAUGACUAUCAGACUCUCCAGCAGACCGCCAGACAAACCCGCGCCGACACGAUUUGGCUCAAGGAGAAAGUGCAGAAUCUUCAGAUUUUGGCGGCCAACAACUCGGCAUCGGCGCGCUCCAACGGCGACGCCUUGGACGAUUUGGGGGCUCAGCUCAGCACGCUGGCGAGCCAGAUCCAGAACACAUCCGUCCUCGCCGAGGGACUCGAUCGGAACCUGCGGGAACUCAUGGACAACCAGAGGGACCACGACAACUCCACCUCGUCCACGUUCGACAAGGUGGAAACGCGCCUGGACGAGCACGAGAACGCCAUUGACCGCGUGACGGGCAACGUCAGCUUCGCCACGCAGCUCCUCGGCUCCAUCGGCUCGGACCUCAACGGCCUGAGGUCGUGCGCCGAGACCGUCAUACGCCACUCCGACGCGCUUCUGGGCUUGAACAACAGCGUGGACGAGGCCAGGGCCGAGAGCAGGGACCUGCGCGCCCGCCAGGACGAAUUGACGGCUCGCCUGGACAAAGAAGUCAACGGCCUGUCCGUGGUGAUGGAGGAGAUGAAAUUGGUGGACAGCCAGCACUCGCAGCUCAUCACCAACUUCACCGUCCUGCAGGGUCCACCGGGUCCGAGGGGCCCCAAGGGAGACAAGGGGCCCCAGGGCCCCGGAGGCCAGCCGGGCCAGAAGGGCGAUAAGGGAGACAAGGGGGGGCCGGGUAUGGUCGGAUCGAAAGGAGAGAAAGGUGCUCCCGGCCCGCAAGGCGGAACGGGUCCAAAGGGUACCCUUGGCUCCCGGGGCCUCCCCGGGACCAAAGGAUCGAGAGGAACCCCCGGUCGGCCUGGAAUCCCCGGAGACAAAGGAGACCCCGGGGCUCAAGGUCUUCCGGGCAGAGAUGGCCUCCCGGGUGUGCAAGGCCCGCAAGGACCGCAGGGUCUGAGGGGAGCGGCGGGACCCGCCGGCUUAGAGGGGCCGCGCGGGCCCGUCGGACCCGUCGGUCCCGCCGGUCCUCCGGGAUUGCCGGGGUUGCCCGCGCCGGCGCCUCCGCUCGUUUUGAAGCCGGCGAAGCCCACCGCGGCCCCCGAAGCGUCCGAUGAGCUUCAGAGCGCGGCGACAAAGCGGGUUCAGAUUCCGCAGCCUGCCUCCACUUUAUCGCCAGGUUGCCCGGCGCAGUUUCGGCCGUUUGGCGACAGCUGCUAUUACUUCUCUGCCGCCACUCAGAAAGUCAACUACGAUGAGGCCGGCGCCUUUUGUUCCAACAUGGCAGCUCAUUUGAUCAUUAUCAACAACAAUGAGGAACAGGUGUUUGUGAAGAACGCGGUGACGGGCAAAGGCUUCUUCUGGCUGGGUCUGACAGACAAGGAAGAAGAAAACGUGUGGAAGUGGGUGGAUGGAAGCGUACCGCUUUUCAAGCAAUGGAAUCCGGGCCAGCCUGAUAACUGGACGCGGGGUCACCAACACGGCGAGGACUGCGCCGGUCUCAUUCAAAACGGCAACUGGAACGAUUUCUAUUGCACCGAGCGCUUGGGCUUCAUCUGCGAACGGACCUCCGGUGAUCCGGUUUCGUAGCAUCGUCGUGAAGUGCCUGAGGAACAGUCGAGCUUGCGUGAUACGAGCUUCACUAUCGUUGCGAUAGCGAAGAUGAAGAAGAGAGGACUUGAUUUGCGAAAGCGCAGCACCGCUUGCAGAGACUGAAAUGCACUUUGUGUGCUGCAAAAUUAUAACGUGCACACCUACACGGCCCACCUUAGGUUGCAUUGAUGAUCGAAGGACGUGAAGAUGUGGAUCAUCAUUCGAAUGCGUUCGUCGGUAUUUGAUCAUCGUCUUUCGCCAUGUCGUAAAUCUUUCUUUCGUUCAAAGAUAUACAACAGACACAAGAACAGGAACCGACCAUUUAAAGGGAAUGCUCAGUGUGAGCUGUGCUGCUGUUUUCAUGUACGUAAGUUGUUGGUGGGGGUUUUUCCCCCCCUCUUAAAGUGCCAAUGUGAAAUGAAUGUGUCGGGCACAAAUACACCAUAUGCAAUGUCGUAUAUGUUUUUGUUUUUCCCACCAAAUAUAGCAUGUCUCAUAAGCUGGGCGCUUCUUGAAUACAUAAUCACUUUUUAUAUCAAACUGAUAUUUGCCAAUGUCUGUAUUAUUCAGGGAAUACUUUUUUUCAUCAGCGCCCUUUAAAAUAACAAUUUACAACAUUCAUUCCAAUAAACUGUUUUUAGAACGG